ACUCUUCGCGAGGACCCCGGCGGCGGGCCCCGGGGAGGCGGCCGAGGCGGCGGCAGCCGGGGGCGAUAUGGCGGAGGAGCAAGACCUCUCCGAGGUGGAGCUGAGCCCCGUGGGCUCCGAGGAGCCCCGCUGCCUGUCCCCCGGGAGCGCGCCCUCUCUGGGGCCCGAUGGCGGCGGCGGCGGGGGAUCGGGCCUGCGAGCCAGCCCAGGGCCCGGCGAACUGGGCAAGGUCAAGAAGGAGCAGCAGGACGGCGAGGCGGACGAUGACAAGUUCCCCGUGUGCAUCCGCGAGGCCGUCAGCCAGGUGCUGAGCGGCUACGACUGGACGCUGGUGCCCAUGCCGGUGCGCGUCAACGGCGCCAGCAAGAGCAAACCGCACGUCAAGCGGCCCAUGAACGCCUUCAUGGUGUGGGCGCAGGCGGCGCGCAGGAAGCUGGCGGACCAGUACCCGCACCUGCACAACGCCGAGCUCAGCAAGACGCUGGGCAAACUCUGGAGGCUGCUGAAUGAGAGUGACAAGCGCCCCUUCAUUGAGGAGGCAGAGCGGCUCCGGAUGCAGCACAAGAAGGACCACCCGGACUACAAGUACCAGCCUCGGAGGCGGAAGAACGGGAAGGCGGCCCAGGGGGAGUCAGAGUGCCCCGGUGGGGAGGCCGAGCAGAGCGGGGCUGCCGCCAUCCAGGCUCACUACAAGAGCGCCCACCUGGACCACCGGCACCCAGGAGAGGGCUCCCCGAUGUCGGACGGGAACCCUGAACACCCCUCAGGCCAGAGCCAUGGCCCACCCACCCCUCCGACCACCCCAAAGACAGAGCUGCAGUCGGGCAAAGCAGACCCCAAGCGGGAUGGGCGCUCCAUGGCGGAGGGCGGGAAGCCUCACAUCGACUUCGGCAAUGUGGACAUCGGCGAGAUCAGCCACGAGGUAAUAUCCAACAUGGAGACCUUUGAUGUGGCUGAGUUGGACCAGUACCUGCCGCCCAAUGGGCACCCGGGCCACGUGGGCAGCUACUCGGCUGCUGGCUAUGGGCUGGGCAGCGCCCUGGCUGUGGCCAGUGGACACUCUGCCUGGAUCUCCAAGCCGCCAGGCGUGGCUCUGCCCACAGUCUCGCCACCUGGCGUGGAUGCCAAAGCCCAGGUGAAGACGGAGACCGCGGGGCCCCAGGGGCCCCCGCACUACAGCGACCAGCCGUCCACCUCGCAGAUCGCCUACACCUCCCUCAGCCUGCCCCACUAUGGCUCCGCCUUCCCCUCCAUCUCACGCCCCCAGUUCGACUACUCUGACCAUCAGCCCUCGGGACCCUAUUACGGCCAUUCGGGCCAGGCCUCCGGCCUCUACUCGGCCUUCUCCUACAUGGGGCCCUCACAGCGGCCCCUCUACACGGCCAUCUCUGACCCCAGCCCCUCAGGGCCCCAGUCCCACAGCCCCACACACUGGGAGCAGAAAAAAACCGGCCUUAAAGGGGGCUCUGUCGCCACACCCCUGCCCAGCCCCUCUGGGUAGUGCGCCCCUUCCCCCAGCCCUUGCACCCUGUUCCUUGCCCAUCUCAGGCCCGGUGGUGGCUGGGGAGGAGGCUGCAGGGGCUGCAGAGGCUGAC